AUGGCGAAAGCUACCCGUCUUCAUCCCGAGCACUUCGAAGAGCCAACUCUACCAUCUGAAAAAAGAAGUGAAGCAUCUAUAGAACUUUGGACUAUUGUUGAAAAGAUGUGGGCACGUUCACUGAGGUUCCAAGUUUUGGUUGACACCUAUCCGUUUUUUGCCUACGCUGGAAACUAUUGGCUACAACAUGCUGACCUUGGGAUUGAGCAUUUCAAUCUAUCGGCAUUCCCCUGGAUACUGAAUGAGAACUCCAGCGUAUUCGCAUCCUGGAGGUCUAUGAGCAGCAUAGAAGGUGGCCUCGUUCCCAAAAGGCUAGGAGAUCUAGGAAUGAUGCAACUCGAAGGCCAGAUGCUCACACACCAAUCUCCUGACAUUGUAGGUGUCUCAGCGCACCUUGGUUUGUCUAAGCUACUCUUCAAACUCCUUAAAGAUUUUUCAGAACGAAACCACAAACAUCGUGCAUUGACUGCCGCAGCUUAUGCAGGAAUGGUCGAGAGAGUAACCACCUUGCUCUGUGAGAAGGAUGUUUUGACUCCUAGACCCUUCCGCGCGCUUAUGAUGGUAGCGCCUUCAAUUCAUGUCUAUAUUGUCUCUUUAUUGCUCGACGCUGUCAGAAGAGCAGGACACGGUGUUGAUGAUGGCAGCAUCGAUAUGAUCAAGAUAGCCGUAAAAAUGGCGACAAAUGUACGGAAUCCGAUCCGAGACGACAUGUGGGACGACGUAGCUGCCUUGGACGAGGCAUACGGAGGCCAACAAUGGUCACCAUUAAUGAUUGCUUUAUUACAUGGCAAUGAACACACUGUUCCAACUCUGUUAAAGGAGGAGUCAUGUAAUGCCAACGACAUCCAGUAUGCUCUAGCAACAGCUUCAAUUCUCCGUCACCAAGCUUUUGCCAAAGCCUUCAUCCAGCGCACCGAAGAGGCUUCAAUAAGGGUUUCAAAGACCACAGCUCUUGCUUUUGCCCAUAGCCAAUCAUGA